UAACAAAAAAGAUAAUACUUCUCAUUAAUUAUCUGUAUUCUCUGUGUUUCCUGAAUCUUAAUUUUCUUAACGCGUUCUUAAACCUGUUUUUACACUUUCAGGGCCUCUAAAAUACAAACGCCUGAACGUAAGAUGUUGACAAUCCACAAGAAUAGUGGCAAACUUUUUGAGACUUUAAAUUAUGCUGUUAGAGUUGCAACAUCGCAGCAGUUUUUAAUAAUUGUACUUCCAAUAACGCUGUAAAACAGUGACUUUUAAUAGCAUAUAGCUGCAGAAAGACACAAGUCUUAAUAUCUCUUCUACUCUUGCAUCAUACCUACACUCAAUGAGUACUCGCACACCGGUCUGACAAUAAUCACCACCUGGCACGCGCAUCUUUAUGGUGGCGCCAACUUCUCGACUGAUACAAAUUGGCCUUUUAUGCACCCAUCAUUAAAGCGUGAUCAUCGCCAGAUGAGAACUAAACAAAUUGAUUUAAUAUCCACCGUAACCUUGUACACAGUCUUUAAAGAAAUUAAUACAUCCAAAUGAAUUAACGCUUCAUUUGUUCAAACGCACCACGGUUAGCCAAUUAAAAAUUCAUGCAGUGAUUAGAGGUUUGUGAAAUAUACAUGAUAUCGUUAAAUUUGCAUACUAAAUCAAGGCAUUGUGCCGUGUUGCACAACAACCUCUGUGAGGAAGGUCUUUGCGGUGUCUUGCCUUUACAUCAAUGUCAAUAUUUUCUCUAGAGCAUUGGCGAUAACAUGACGAGUUUUUGAAGCCAGCUUUGGGCAUGGAUAAGAACACGAUUUCUUGUGGGCAGCCCCUAAUUGCCGGACUGGCCCGCGGGCAAACGGCAUUUUACAUAUGAGAGAUCAGGAGCGUUUGAAGUCAUUUCCAGUUUAUAGCUAACUCGACUACUAGUCUGCGGCUUGAAUGUCAUGACAGGCUUGCACAUUAUGCAAACGACUUCUGUAGUCUUCGGUGUCUCUGGCUAUUUUGGAGAGCUGGACGCUGGAAACCUGAACAAUGUAAGGCAAUUGGCCAUUUGCAAAAUACUGUGGUGUAAAAUAUGUUGUUCUAGCCUGAAAUAUGUGAAUUGGGUACAGAAUAUCUCGUUUUCACUUUGCACUGUAUAACGAGAAGCUUAGGCCUAUUUAAUAAUAAAAAUAAAAAUUAAUAAUAAAAAACGAAAAAGAAAAAAAUAAUGGACGAAUUGUGUCAUGGCACUUAUGAGUCAAAAGUCAAAACCUUUCAACUUAAAAAACUACAAAAAAAAAAACUGAAAUGUCAUUUAGAAUUACCGGUGCACGUGGUUCAUGGCUUUGAUGUAUUUUAUUUAAACGCAUUCUAGAGUAUACGCAUGCGUGGUUCAUCCACAGGUGUAGACUAGAGCCCUUUGCUGCGCUCAUAUUCGUGCUCGUCCGGCCGGAGGGGAGAAGGGGGUAGGACAGGAGAUGAGACCAGAACUGGGAGAUAGGGGGAGAAGGAGAGGCGAGAGUCACUUGUGCUCGAAACAGGCCCGUUAUCUGUCAGGCUGCACCGUUCCAUGUCUCGCGAGAGAAGGCGCGCUCGCUUGACGAGAUCUGAGGGGCUCAGGUGUUAGAGCACUUCUCAUCCCUCGCGCUGCCGAGCGGCAGACAGACACGCGCGACCAAGAGACUGCAGGCAUCUCCGCUGCAUCUCGUGGGCUCGAAGCUGCGCAUCAUUACCGCCGGACACACACUCACACACACAUACCCACACACCGAAAGGGGAUUUGUUUAUUGGAGUUGUUUUUUUGACAGUUCCUUUGCUGUUGUUGUUUUCUCCCCUCGACUCUCGGGCACUUUAUCUAUUUGGUUUUGAAGAGGAGAAGCUCGCAAACAUGAUGUCCAUGAACAGUAAACAGGCACAUUUCGCCAUGCAUCCGUCCUUACCGGAGCACAAGUACACGACUCUGCAUUCCAGCUCAGAAGCCAUCCGAAGAGCCUGUCUGCAAACUCCACAGCUGCAGAACAACAUAUUCGCAAGUCUGGAUGAAACUCUGUUGGCCCGUGCCGAAGCUCUGGCGGCCGUGGACAUCGCGGUGUCUCAGGGCAAGACUCACCCAUUCAAGCCGGACGCGACCUACCACACCAUGAACAGCGUGCCAUGCUCCUCUACCUCCACUGUGCCACUGGCCCAUCACCAUCAUCACCACCACCACCAUCCCCACCAGAACCUGGAACCUCCGGACCUCAUGGACCAUAUCAACUCCCAGUCGCUUAGCCUCAUGACCAGCGCGCACGACGGGGCCGGAGGUGGCGGUGGUGGGGGCGGCGGGGGUCUGAUCUCCACCUCGGCUCACCCACACUCGCACAUGCACGGCUUGAGCCACCUCUCUCAUCAGGCUGCUAUGAACAUGAAUUCGCCCCUGACACAUCACGGGCUCUUGCCCGGACACCAUGGUGGUGGUCAGGGCGCACCGGGACUCAACAAUGGACUGCCCUCAAUCACUGACUCGGACACAGACCCAAGGGAGCUAGAGGCUUUUGCGGAGCGUUUCAAACAGAGACGAAUCAAGCUCGGGGUUACCCAGGCGGACGUUGGCGGUGCCCUAGCUAACCUGAAAAUUCCCGGUGUGGGCUCGCUAAGCCAAAGUACCAUUUGUCGAUUCGAAUCGUUAACUCUGUCGCAUAACAAUAUGAUCGCACUCAAACCCAUUCUACAGGCAUGGCUGGAAGAGGCCGAGGGUGCCCAGAGAGAGAAAAUGAACAAACCCGACCUUUUUAAUGGAAGCGAGAAGAAGCGAAAGAGAACGUCAAUAGCAGCACCAGAGAAACGUUCUUUGGAGGCUUACUUUGCCGUGCAACCCCGGCCGUCCUCUGAGAAGAUAGCGGCGAUAGCAGAAAAAUUGGACCUGAAAAAGAACGUUGUGCGAGUAUGGUUUUGCAACCAAAGACAAAAACAAAAGCGGUUGAAGUUUUCGGCAGCCCACUGAUGGAUGAACACGUGUUGUUUGGACUGCAUUUGGGGACCAAGGAACAUACACACAAACAUCGUUUUCAGUCUGCUUUUGACGCGGAAGAAUUUCAAAGCGGUGUGGCUACAGACAAAUGAUUCUUACUCGGUUUUGUGAAGUUUGAUAAUCCCACCGAUUUAUUUUCACGAAACUGGUGAAUGUGAAGUAUGCAAAUAACAGGUAAUCCAGACCAACUAAUUUCACAGUUGCUCUGGCGAUACACAUACAGUCCUAGUGAUCUCUGCCUUUUGGAGAAAAAAAAAACAUUGCGAUACGAAAUGAAGUUAAGCUUUACUUUUAUCGAGUUACUUUUUUCCAGUAACGCAUAUUUUAAAUGAUCAAAACAGCCAUGGAAGGAUUACCUCAUUGUUUAGCGCUAUAUGUUGUUUUACUAAUUUAUGUAUUUAUUUAUUUAUUUAUUUAUUUACUGAAAUAUGUAUGUAUUUAUUUAUCUGUUUGUAAAAGCGUUCAGAUGCUACUGAGUUUGGAUAUGCCCGAAAGCAGGCUCCAUAUUAUCAGUCUUAACCAAUUAUCAACGAGUUCUCUCAUUUGGUGUUCCAAAGGUCUGUCUCACUAGAGAAUAACAAAUAAAAAGGCACGGCAGAAGAGAUAGAAUAUAAGUCCCUUUCCUACUCUGAGGGCAAACUGAGGUUGGCCAUCACCACCCGUGUUUAUUUUGAAUUUGCACUGAAAUUUACUGUUUAGAUUGGUUAGAUUAUAUUCGAUUCUUUGUGUAUAUACAAAUGAUAACACUUGCUCACAGAACUAUAAGAGGAGUCCAAAUUUUCUUUUCAUCCAAAACAGAUGUUUCAAUAUUUUGUUGUCAUAGGUAUUUGUUGCCCAACGAAAAUGUCCAGUGAUGGACUUAUUUAACACUCGCAUGACUCAGACAGUAUACUUUAUACAUUCAGACGAAAAUGUAUUCUGAAAGAUCAAAAAAGAGAAUCUUUAUUUCUUUUGUAUAUUUUGGUUUGCAGUGCAAACAUUCUAUGCAUUUACAAAAAAAGAAGCACUACAUAGAGUAUCUACUGGUAGGCCUUUGUGGUUGGUGUAAAAUCACUGUUAAAUGCCUGUUUUCACACAUUGACACCACGUUGUUUGUCGUGUUAAUUGUUAAAAGAAAAAAAAAAAGACUUAAGAAAAAAACUUUGUGUAAGUAAUAAUUUAUUUUGUGCACACGUAUGUUUACAAAUGAGGCCACAUGUGUGUCACACUUUCAUACCUGUGCACCCAUCCGUCCGUGGAGCUGUCUCCUCUGUUGUCCUCUCUUUCAGUUUUACAUGCACUCACUCCAACUUCUGUCCAUCAUUCUGUAAGCCAAAUCCAAGCAGAGGGGUCCGAGUUCCUAGCGAUCUUCUAAAUAAAUGAACGAAAAA